CAGCCGCCACUCCGUGGGCAGCUCCUACUACUGCCGCUGGGCUGGGCUGGGCUGGGCUGGGCUGGGCGGGCUGCGCGGAGCUCGCUGCUCACAUCGGCGGAGAGAGGAGAGAAGCCACUCUUCUCUGACCACCUCGCAGCCAAGCCAGGAUCGUCCAGGGAGCCUCAGGCUUCGGGCACUGAAAAGGGUGUCUGAAAAACCCACCCGGCACUCCAAUGGCUAGCAACAACACUGCGAGCAUAGCACAAGCCAGGAAGCUGGUGGAACAGCUGAAGAUGGAAGCCAACAUCGACAGGAUAAAGGUAUCCAAGGCGGCUGCAGACUUGAUGGCCUACUGUGAAGCUCAUGCCAAGGAAGACCCCCUCCUGACUCCUGUUCCGGCUUCAGAGAACCCAUUCAGGGAGAAGAAGUUUUUCUGCGCCAUCCUUUAAGUCUCCAUGAGGAACCUGCAGAGCCCUGGGGCUCCUGGGACACUGAUGUAGAGUUUUUAGCAAAGUGGGCACCUUUCUAGCCCACAGCAUUUAAAUAGAGGGAGGAGAACCACCCCGGAAACUCCAGGCUAUGCAUGUUUAAAGAACUGGUCCCCUUUUUGACAAUGAAAGCCAAUCCACACCCUGAGUUAAGAGCUCUGAUGUCUGCAGAACUGCCUGGAGGAGGGGACUGUGUAAAUUUAAAAUCCGCGUCAUUUCUUUCCUGCUGUCCCUCCCAAAAUGUUCUAUUUCUGCUUCAUAUUUUAAAAAAUCAAAAAAAAAAAAUCAAACAGACAGCUGAACUGAGCGAAGAUACGUAUGACCUUCUUGGAAUGAAUAUGGCCUUUAGAUACCCUUUGAUCAGCUGAGUUGUCCGGUGUAACCGAGGUUCGGUUUAAUGGCGUUGGUGUCUAGUCUGUGUGCCUUCCGUUUCCUUUUCUCUUUCUCCCUGACCCUCCCUCUCAACCCUCCCGUUAGAGUAGGACAGAGGUAAGGCUGGACUUGUCUGGGAGACUGAACUCCAAGAAUGUACAGGGAGAUAUUCCCCGUGGUUUAUCCUCAUGGCGGUAACAAAAACAAGGCCGGCUGUCUGUGUUCUCUUAUCACUAUUCCUAACAUUUGUACAUGAUAGCUUUGAUUCUGCAAGUUAAAGUAAAUCAUGUGUUGUGACUGGUGCUUUCAUAUAUUUGUGACAAUUUUUGAGUAAUAUUGCAUGAAAAUGUCCGUGUUAACAUCCAUUCAGAAGUUUUGUUGUUUUUCUCUAACGUUUGGAAAAGGAAUGAGCGAGAAAAGAAGCUGGGAAGGAGAGAAACUCAGUAUCUUGAAAACUGAGAUUACUUUAGCACCUUAGCCAUGCCUAAAACACCUCCUAGUUUUCCUCUCAGUGUAAACGCCUCUCCAACACAAUUUCCAGAACCCAAAGCAGGAGAGGUAAGAGUCCAACAUGGUUGGGAGGUGCGUUUGCCAUAGAGUAAGAGUAAAUUCCUUCUUUCCCUGAAUCUCAGAAAUUCUAGAUUAAAAGAACUCCUUCUGUGCUCUUAAGAAAAACCUGCCCCCCUCUUUUUUUCAAGUAUCAUGAGAAAUGAACCCAGGGCACCAGAGAAAACCCAUUCUCAGGAUCCCUGCUGUUUGCCCUCCUGGGAGAAGGGGCGGGUAUGGCCUCAGCAGCCACCUCCACCAGUGAGGGCCUGGCUUCUUUUUCCACUGAGAUGGUCUUUGGGUGCCACUCACCUAUUUUUUUUUUUUUCACUAGAAUCUUUUCUUUGUUUCUGUUCUCCAUCUUGUUUGUUAGAGUCUCUCAGUCUUUAUUUACAACUUCCUUGCAGCUAGAGCCCUCUCGUCCCAAGAGGUGGCGUUGAACAUGACUUUUCAUGGCAGCUCUGGCCUCCAUCGGUAAUGGGAGGCCCUGGAAGCCUUUAUCAAUUUUUUUCUGUGCCAUCUCCAGACUAAAGAGAGCCUCUCUUACAUCUUCUUGCUUGCUUCAGAAACCCAAAAGACCAUUCCCAAAUGAACUGUAUUCUGCUCUCUUUCCUUACCCCCAUUAAAAAACAAAGAAGGGUGGAGAGGAAGGAAAAGAGAAGAUAAAAAGACUUACUACGCCAAGGACAGAUUUUGAAACAGACUUGGUAAAUAUUUCCCUUAGUUCCUUUUUAUGGGCACGCUGGUAAAAGCAUAAAUGCAUCCAAUUAAAGCUCACACCUGCAGUGGGCAAAGAGAAAACAGAAAUAUUUGUGAAAGGAAUGAAUGCACUUCUGUAACCAGAUCCUUCUGUUCUGUUCAAGCUUUGGGAUUUUGUUAUAGUCAGUAGGACACAGAUGAAGAUUUAGAGGAGAAAAACCCUGGCGGAGUAUGUAUUCAACUGCAUUGUUGUACCAUUAGCUGAGUAAUACUGUGGAAUCAGCGAAAACCAUAUCCAUUUGUAAUAUGAAUCAAAACAUGAACUGAAUAUGUAGUCACAUAAAAACAAGUGUGAAUAAGCACUCUUUGCUGGGGAUGGCAUCCUUAUGAGACCCUAAUGGUUUUCAUAAUCCACACCAUUUAUUUUUCUCAGAAGGACUAUUGAUAUUUUCCCGUAAAUCUAGAUCUUUGGAGCAAUGAAAAUGGAAUGAAAACUCUAGGAAGCACCACAACACAGCUCUGGGAAUUCAAAGUAAAGGAAGUUCCAAACUUCAUGUGACCUUGGUUCUGAAAGGAGAGAGAAGGCAGCAGAUACACAGCCCAUCUAAGUUUAAGGAAAGCGUGUUGGCUUUUUCAUAAUGGCGCGUCCCACAGCAUGGAAUUAUAAUACCAGGGUUUUUAUAUGAGUUUUGGCUUGUUGAUAGUUGUACUUAUUAAGGGGGGAAAGCUUUUUUUUAUUACUUAUGCCUCUGAAGAGCUUUAAUUCUUUUAGAAAUUCAACAAUCGUUCUCACCAGCAUAAUUUUAUCUGAAGGGGAAACUUAGUUUAAUUAUUAAAGGUCCUAAUUUCCGUGUCUAAUGUAUUGGAUAGUAAUGAAAUCUGCCAUAGAAUUAGUUAGCCAGUAACAAUAACCCUCAUAUUUAGUAAAAAAAAAAAAUUGCAUCAUUCUCAAUAUUAACUCCAGUUUCAUUUCUUUCCAUUUUAAACCAAAUACUAUUUUAUUUAAAUCAGAGGUUGUAAAUAAGUACUUUGAUCAGAGGCUAAUUUGCUAACAAUAUUUGAAAGAGAGUGCUUACCAAGGAAAAUUUUUAAACCAUUUCUUCAUACACUCAUUCACAAAUAGAAUUGUGAGAAAUCAGCAUGCUGUCUUAAGGAAUAUUUGUACUCUCUCUCUCUUUUAAAAAAUACUUGCUUCUAGCUGCUCCUGGCAAUGGUGAAUUGUUACAUUGUGAAUAUACAUCAAUGUUUUCCCAGUCUAAAAAUUGUUCACAUUUUUCCUACAUAAGAUCCAUGGAAGUGUGUCUUUCAACGAGAGGGAAAUACAGAAAUGAUAAAGCAGGGAAACCUGAAUGCGAUGUGUACAUUUUCAUCCAACAUGGACCAUUUAUUUGUUUUAAUAAAUGGAAUUUUCAGACUCAA